GGCGCUCAUGGCGUGAUCGUGUUCUCUGCUACGAAAGCUGGGUAUGAACAGGCGCCACUCCUUCUGCGUCCAGGAGGCACGAUGGUAUGCGUUGGGUUGCCGAAAGAUACAACAGUCAUCGCCGGUGAGCAUCCUAUCACGAUGUGCAUGAAGAAGUUGAAUGUCGUGGGGAGUGUCGUGGGGACGCUAAAUGAGUGCGACGAGGCUUUGGAAUUUACUGCACGUGGCGUUGUCCGUCCGAUAUUGACGCAUGGUGGGCUGGAGGAUAUCAAUAGGUUUUGCGAGGAGAUGAAUGCGGGUAAACUCGUUGGACGUGCGGUUAUCAAGAUUGCUGCAUAG